AUGUUCGCUUCUACCCUCUUUCUCUCACUCGUCGCCGCCGCCCUGGCCGCUUGCGACAACGCCGACAAGAACCACGCCGGCGCCGUGUCCCCCCAUGCCAAGGCCCAGUGCCCCCUCCAGUUCGAUGGCCGCAUCCCAAAGACCUUUAAGGUCGCCGACUUUGACACCUCGGCCAGCCCCUUCAGCUCCUCCAACGUGCUUGGAAAGGGCCUGAAGUUCAGCGAGAUUAUCCAGCUCCCCGGUGGCACCUCUCUGUUCGACGUCAACUCCACCCAACCCUUCGAGGUCACCAUUAGCGACAAGUCCAUCUUUGCCCCCAGCGCGACCAAUGUCCAGACCGGCUUCCGUCGCGCCGAGAUGCUGCCCGCCAGCAAUGACGGCAAGGACGCUUCGACCGACGGCAUCAAGACCCUUCACUUUAGCUUGCAGAAGGAUACCAAGCGUCUCCUGAACCAGUCGCACGAGUACCAGCUCGUCUUCCUCGAGAGCGCCGACUUCAGCACCAACCAGCUCGUCCUCAAGACCGGUACGAUCCUCGGCCAGAACACCGCCGACCCCGACACCCUCCAACUCUUUGGCAACCUCGGCUCCAACCCCGUUCCCGAGCUGUUCAAGACCAAGUUCACAUCCGACGUACACAACUUUGCCGUCAGGUUUGACUUCACCAAGAAGUACUACCCCCCCAUCCCCCACUUUGGCACGCAGUCUCUAGUUCGUACCACUAACCCUGAUUCAAGCACCACCGAGGUCUUCUACUCCAAGGGUAACUCUCCUCUGAAGUCGACUGGCGGCGCUGUUGCCAACAACAUUAGCGGUAAAGGUCAGUUCCACUUUGGGCUCCUCAAGAAGCCCGUCAACGGUGGAUCCGACAUCACCAAGAGCGGCGACCAGCCCUCUGGCAUCAACGAGGGCAUCAUCUACAGUGGCAUCUUCGAGGAGGACAGCUCCAAGGGCUGCAUCUCCCUCUCUCCUUAA